GAGACACGGGUGACCGGCUACCUAACAGCCCGACAGGCAAGGCAGUCUCGCUUUCGGCCUUGCUAACAGAAUUCCGAUUUUCAGACAGGGGCACCAACGGGCUCAAGGAAGCGCCGCGGACAGAGCGCCUCCGCGCCGCCCGGGCCGCUCAGAGACCCACGCAGCCCCGGCCCUGUCCCCGCGCCCGCCCCCGCCCCCAGCUCCAGCCCGGUGCAGAGGGUCGCAGCUGUUCGCCCCCAGGCAGCUACGGGGCCCCGACCCCUCCGCUGUGCCGCGACCCCGGCGCGCUCGCUCCCCCGGCGCGCCAGGCAGGGGAGCCCUGCACUGCCCGCCGCAGCCGCUCGGCCCCGCAGGACCCGGGCGCGGGCCCCGCCGUCCCCCGCCGACCGCCGCCCCCAGCCCGCUGUGCCCGCCCGGCUCACCAGCUCCGCCGCGCUCGCCGGGCCUGUCCGCGCGUCCGGCCGGUCCCUGUUCCAGGCACCCCGUCCCGGCUAGCAGCUCACUGGCGGCUGGCUGGCGUUGGUGCGGCCCCUCCCCGCCCCGAGCCACCUGGGACGCCCGGGAAGGGGGCGGGGCCGAGACAGGUGGGCCCCGCCCGCCUCGAGCAGCCCGGGCCUCGGGCUCUUCGGGGAUUCUCCACGGGGUGGAAGUGA